AUAUUCCAGUCAGUAGUGACUCAUCCUGCUAAUAGGCCCCGCUGCCUGGCAGACAAGGGAGGGACGGAAUUGUGUUUAUUUCUCGAGGUUCAGUGAUCAUACCUGACGGCCUGUCCUUGACCCCCAUGUAACAAGGGAGGUGUGAAAUCUAAGCGUGUUCGUAUCUUGAGGCUAACAAGCCAUUUGAUACUCUGCAUCUUAAAAGGCUGCCUUUUUCAAAUAAGCCAAGAUGUCCAUAGCAUCCAUGGAGAAGCAUUUGUUCAACCUCAAGUUUGCUGCCAAGGAAAUGGUACGCAAUUCUAAGAAGUGUGAAAAAGAGGAAAAGGCUGAGAAGGUAAAGCUGAAGAAAGCCAUACAAAAGGGUAACAUGGAAGGUGCAAGAAUUCAUGCUGAAAAUGCAAUUCGGCAGAAAAAUCAGGCCUUGAACUAUCUCAAGAUGUCUGCUCGUGUUGAUGCAGUGUCUAGUCGUGUUCAAACUGCUGUUCAAACCAGGAAAGUAACACAGUCAUUGGGAGGUGUGGUGAAGUCCAUGGAUGCUGCCAUGAGGUCCAUGAACCUUGAGAAAAUUUCUGCCCUCAUGGAUAAGUUUGAGCACCAGUUUGAGGACCUGGAUGUGCAAAGUAGUUACAUGGAUUCAGCAAUGGGCCAAACAGUUGCAACCAACAUUCCUCAAAAUGAUGUGGACAGCCUUAUGAGCCAGGUAGCAGAUGAGGCAGGACUGGAGCUGAACAUGGAGCUGCCACAAGGACAGCAAGGUUCUGUUGGAAUCUCUACAGCUGCUUCAGCAGAUCAGGAUGAACUCACACAGAGGCUGGCACGUCUCCGGAACUAAAAGAAGAUGAACAUCUUUAACUUUUGUAACUGCAUAUUAGACUUGGGCUUCAUUUCAGUGUGCCUGAAUGUUAUCAGGCACCAUCAGCACUGCACUGUCAGGCAGAAGCAGCAGUGCAUUUUCAAGACUGAGAUUGACAGUGCACACAUGCCUUUGUCAUAAGCAUUUUGCCCCAAACUAGCAUGUAUGCAGAUAAACCUUCCAUCAAGCAGGGAUUUUAGUUUCUACACCAGUAAAAAAUUCUAGACAAUUAUCCCUAGAGAAACACACUGUGGUCUUCCUGAACUGAACUCAGUGUGCUAGAGUGUGAGGUACACAACCUGCUCGUGAUGAGAUUGUGGGAAUGUCUGAGCUUGAUGCUGAAUUAUUAUUGCUGAAAUGUGGAAUAGGCUUUAUUCAUAUGGAAGUGCCCAGCAAGCCAAGCUCUUGGAUCCAGACACAUGUCACAGAUUAUCACAGGAUGCUUGAAUCUUUGCAAGUUCAUGCUAGUUCUACGCCAGAUAACUGAAGCUGAUCUGAAAGGCAAGAUCAAUAAGCUCUUUAGAUUAGUUCCAUCCUCACUGAAGAAGUGAAACCUUUGCUGUAGAAGCCUGCAGUUGCUGAACUCCAAAUGUCUUGGUGUGUUUAGCGUGGCCUCGCUGGUAAUGAGACUUGUAAACGGUUCCGUGAUGUGGUAAAUAUACGUGAUAUUCUCAA